AAUGAUGGGGAGUGGCUGCUGCUUUACAAUCAGAUACCACCUGAGGAGCCAUCGAGAAACAUUUGGGCAGUUUUCCUGAUGCAGGGCCACAUCCAUCUUGUUUACUCUAGGUUUGGAAAGCACCAACACCAGCAGGAAAUCAAGAAAGGAAAUAACAUCCAGCACUACGGUAGAAAUGGUGAAAGGAUCAUCUGUUGUUCAGAAGACUUCAGUACCUUCUAGUCAUCCAAAGAGAAAAAGCAAAAAACACCUUUUAGAAAAUGUAGAUGAACCUAUGGUUUUAGAACCAGCAAAUCUAGUGGAAUCUUACAUAGAUCAGUCCUUACAGAUUUUAAAUAAAGAUGGUGUGCUGGAUGACCUACAGAUGCUAAGUGAUAUCACUAAAAAUCUAAACCAGAUUAUAAACUCAUUGGAAAAUAUUUAUAAAAAAGAUGUGGAAGUGAAAGAGGAAGAUACACAAGAAGACUCAAGUCAGAAGGCUCAUCAGGAUAUGACUGAGUCACUGAUGUGUUUCUCAGUAAUAUCAUCACAGCUAGAAUCAUCAUUUGAUGAAGAAAGAGAAAUAUUAGAAUCUUUAGCUAAGUGGUUUGGAAAAGAAGCCCAACUGAUGGAAGAACUGGGAGAAGAAGACCAUGCUGCAGAUUCUGUACUUCCUGUGGCUGACAAAAGUGUAUUGGAAGGCGUUUCUAAAGUGUCUUUGUGCGUCCAGAAGCUUGAAAAACUGAAGAGUUGUAUUCAGAAUCUUCCAGGAUAUGCCCCUUCUCUGGUUAAGCAGGAGUUUAAGAAAGACCAGGACAAGAGAAGAAAUUUGAGUACUGCAGUGUCAAGUCAUAAAGAUCCAAGGAUUAUGCUAGAAGAUCUUGUAAAGAAGCAUGGAACAGAGGAUGUGAUUAAUAUGACACAGAUCUUUGAUGAGGCACCAGCACAAACAUUUGAAUCAAUGAAUACACGCAUAUUAGAAAUAGUUAAAGUAUUUGAAAGACAAACAAACAAAUUGCAGCGAAUUUCAAAUGAACAGGAUCUCUUGGAAGCUAAAUACGAGAAGAUAAAAAAUGAUUAUCGGUUGUUAGCAGAAGAGAAACAGAUAAUGGAGAAUGAACUUAAAAAAAUUAAAGAAGGAGAAAGCCUAGAAGAACAAGAAAUAAUACCAGCAAUCAAAGAUGCCUUUGUAGCCAAACCGGAAACAAAAAGUGAGAGUGAAAAAAAGACCCCGGCCACCGCUGCUACCCCAGCCCCAGCAGUGGGAGCCCGGGCCCCUGCUGCUGCCCCGGCCUUGGUGGCAGCAGCCCCAGCCCCUGGUGCUGCCCCAGCGGUGGCCCCGGUCCCCGCUGCUGCCCCAGCCCCGGAGGCAGGAGCCCCGACCCCCGCUGUUGUCCCAGCCCCGGUGGCCCCGGCCUCCGCCCCCGCUGCUGCCCCGACCCCUGCUGCRAAAGGGAAGUCCAAGAGGUAA